AUAGAAUAAUGUUGGAAAGAGCCUGUCAUGUCAGCUUCCAUGAGGCCAUUAAAUGUUUAGCUUGCCUUUGAGUUUCGGUUAGUUUGGGUAUACAUGUACAUGUACCUCUAUAUAAUUGUGCCAUAACAUAAAUUAUUGUAUUACCAUGGCUUCAGAUCAGUACUAUGAUCUGUCUGGUAGCCAGUUCGAUUCCAGUUGGUUUAAAACUGCUGCGGGUAAGGAGUAUUUUUCUAGCAUUGUCCGGAAAGGGAAAAGAAGAAUAUACGGUUUGCUGGAAAGACCAUCUCUUCCACCCCAUUUAAUUCCUGAACUCAUCUCCUACAAAGUAUUUCUCAGUGGUAAGGCUGGAGUUGGCAAAACAAGUACUGUGGCUAAGCUUGUAGGACUCCCAGUUCCCACAACACACAGUGAAACCCCAGGAAUUGUGACAUAUGUUGUGUACUGGCCUGUCAAACUGCUGCACUCUGACAAGGUGUUGCUCUUUCGUCUUCAGUUCUGGGAUGCAGGAGAGAAUGCUAUCAGGAAAUUUGAACACAUUCUACCAGCUUGCAAGAGUGGAGCGGAUGCCAUUCUCAAUCUCUUCUCCUUCACGGAUAGAUUGAGUUUUGAAGAUCUUCAAUCUCAGAUGUCCCGCUCAUCUCAGUCAGGGGAACAUGUCAUCCGCAUGGUGGUUGGAACCAAGUAUGAUCUAUAUAGCAACAGUGAAAUAACCACAAGAGAACUCCAGAAUUUUCAAGAGCAGUGGAAAGUUCCAAUCCUGAAAAUCAAGAACAGUGGCAAGCCUGCUGGUAAUGAGCUUCUAUACUCUGUGGACAGCAUGCAAGAGGUCCAUGACGUCGCCACUGUGAUGCACAGUCUUUUAGAGUACAUUUGGAUCCAGAAGAAGAUAUCUUCUGGAGAGCUAAGACCAGAAGACCUGAUUACAAGGACAGAUAUUGAUGGGAAGAAUGAGGGGGAAUUAUCGGAUGAACUGGAAGCUUCUUAUGUCUAAUUCAUAGUUCACACCCUACACAGAUACAUUGCAUUUUAAGUGUCUCUACUAAAUGCAUUCAUCAUUCAUUUGCUCAAUUAUUGGAGGAACAAAGUUUUCCAUCAAGAUAUAGAAGCUUUAAACAGCAGCAACAUGUGAAUAGAAAGCUAUGACCUUGUAACUUGCCAUAUUGGAUGAAUUAAAGUUUGCAUGGGUAGCAUCAUAGCAUGUUCAUGUGGGGUUUUUUUUGAGUAAGAAUUGAAUUUUUUUUAAUAAUUUUUUUUACGUGGCUUGCAACUUAAAACAGUCUUCAUUAUAACGUUGAUGGUUUUGUUUUAAUUUAAUAGAUAAAUAAAAAGACCAAGAAAUGUAGCGGACUGCAAAA